ACAUUGUCAGGCGUCACCACGUUACUAGCAGUAUGGCAGCUCCCAUGGACAGUGUGGGUAAACCCUCAGCUGAUCGCUCAGCGUUCAAUAGUACGAGUUUUCAGAAGAAAACAAGGAGCAAGUUAAUCUCCAUCCCUGGUACCAGGCCUUCGGUUCAGAAUGGACAGCUCUUAGUUUCCACCGGUGUCACAUCCCUCGACUAUCUGAUCGGUGGUGGGUUAGCAGUUGGAACAGUACUUCUCAUAGAGGAGGACCGAUAUGAUAGCUACUCACGCAUGAUCUUUAAAUACUUCCUGGCAGAAGGUGUGGUGUGUCGACAUGAACUUUUUGUGGCGGCAGCUCAAGAUAACCCUGAUGACAUCUUACAGGAACUCCCAGCUCCCAUCUUGGAUGAUGUUGCUAUCCACAAGCCGGUGGACCAGCCUAGGCUGUCUUGUGAACCUCAGGACAGUUUAGAUGCAAUGAAGAUUGCCUGGCGCUAUCAGAAUCUUCCUAAAGUACAGAGUGCCCUGGCAUCCACUUCCCGGUUCGGGCACUACUAUGACGUCUCCAAGACGAUGGAGCCAGAAAUUCGCCAGGCAGCCAAGUGCCACCGCUUCUACCUUCCAGAACAUCCCACCCAGUCAUCAACCACACACAGUCCCAUGAUUGAGUCCUACUCUGCAUUGCUGAAAUCACUUCAAGAGGUCAUACACAGGGAGGGCUUUGAUAUAGCUGCCUCAAUGCCAAAGUCACGCAACAUCCUGCGAGUUGGGCUUCACUCUCUUGGCUCAGCUCUGUGGGGUGAUGACCUGAGUUGCCAUGACAAUCCCAGACAUAGCCACGCCCUGACUACCUUUCUCUAUGGACUGCGUGCCUUGCUGAGGUCAUCGCUGGCAGUUGCCGUAGUUACUGUACCUUCUCAUCUUAUCCAGGACAGGGCUCUAAUGGGCAGCAUAACCAGGCUAUGUGACAAUGCCAUAGCCUUGGAAUCAUUCAAAGGCUCUGAGAGAGAGACCAACCCUCUCUACAAAGACUACCAUGGCCUGCUACAUGUACACCAGGUACCUCACCUGAACUGUCUGGCGAGCCAGCUCCCCGACCACAAGGACCUGGCCUUUAAGCUCAAGAGAAAACAAUUCACUAUUGAGAGACUGCAUUUGCCUCCAGACUUGUCUGAGACGGUGAGUCGUGUGAGCAGGGGGGAGCUGGCAGGAGCGACCACGGUGGCUUCAGCCUGUGGCUCCGGCACUUCCGGCACCAAACACCUGGACUUCUAGAGCUCCCACACAGUCGCCAUGGGCAACCAACACCUGGAACGCCGCAGUGUUGUCCUCUUUACCGCGGCGACCAGGUUGCUCCUUCGCCCACGGAAUGUCAACCACUAUAACCCUGCGAGCCAUUACCACCUGCCAACCGACCCAGCCAGGGGUGAAGAUCUAAACAUCCACAGUACCUCUUCUCAUAACGGACACAUUUCAUCCUAUAUUUCAUCUCUUCCCCCCACCCCCUCCCUUUUUUUUUAUAAGCAAUCUUUAUGUUUUUCCUAACUCUGACAGCCAAUAUUGGCACAUUCCAAGCUGUCAGGAGAAGUUCAUUUAACUUGUGUCACUAGCCGAGCCUUUAUCCCCACGGUUUGCUUUUUUCUCCUGUAAGUUGCAAAGAAGUGUGAACCCUAUGGUGUUUCAAAAUGGUGCAUGAACGUAUAUGACUGGCAGGGAGUCUUAACCAAAUAAAAUCCAAGAUGGGGAAUUAUGUAAGGUUUGGUGCAUCUUGUGUUUUUCCUCUGCCUUUUAACGAUUUUGUUUACAAGUAAAGUGUAAUCAGGAAAUAUGUUUUCGUCUUCACAGGCAAACAUUAAGGAAUUUAACCAAGUACCUGCCUAAGUCCCAACGAUCUGAAAAUGUAGUUGAUUUUCUAGGAUGAUGAAAUGUGCUUUUUUUGAAUUUAAAUAAACAGCUAUACCGAAGUGGA